AUUUGUGAGUGGGCGAUCUAUUCUCAACAUUACGGUAAGGGGGUGGUGGCCUAUGACGUACAGGCACACCUCCAGCUUGGAAGGACACCAGCCGGCCGAGGAGGCACCUCAGCUGCACCAAGGACAGGCCGACCAGACUGGCUCCUCCGCCGGGCGCAGACUCUCGGUCCGGCCGAGCUCCGUGGACCCGACGGUGCGUCCGGAGUAGCUGCCCGUGACUGACUCAUCAUUAUUUCAACCCCCCUUCCCCUAAUCGAUCAGACCAGCCUGGACGUCUGCAGGAAGACAGAGCCGGUGAGGGAGAGAGAGAGAGAGAGAGAGAGAGCGAGCACAAUUCAACAUGUCAAGCACUCAGAUGGACAAUGGCUCUGCAAACUCAGCAGAAGCAAAGAAAACAGACGUGAGAAUGAAUGAGAAGAAAUGCUCGUGGGCGUCCUACAUGACUAACUCUCCCACCGUCAUCGUGAUGAUCGGCCUGCCUGCAAGAGGGAAGACCUACAUGUCAAAGAAACUCACACGUUACCUCAACUGGAUCGGAGUACCAACCAAAGUGUUUAACCUGGGCGUGUACCGCAGAGAGGCCGUCAGAGCUUACAAGUCCUAUGAUUUCUUCCGCCACGACAAUGAAGAGGCCAUGAAAAUAAGGAAGCAGUGUGCUCUGGUGGCUCUGCAGGAUGUGAAGGCCUACCUGACGAGGGAGGGAGGUCAGAUCGCGGUGUUUGAUGCGACGAACACGACAAGAGAACGGCGAGACCUCAUUCUAGCUUUUGUGAAGGAAAACGCGUUCAAGGUGUUCUUCGUGGAGUCCGUGUGUGACGACCCAGAGGUCAUCGCUGCUAAUAUUCUGGAAGUGAAAGUGUCCAGUCCCGAUUACCCUGAGCGACACAGAGAGAGAGUCAUGGAUGACUUCCUCAAACGGAUCGAGUGCUACAAGGUCACGUACCAACCGUUAGAUCCUGAUGACUACGACAAGGACCUUUCUUUCAUCAAGGUGAUGAACGUGGGCCGGCGCUUCCUGGUGAACCGGGUGCAGGACUACAUCCAGAGUAAGAUCGUCUACUACCUCAUGAACAUCCACGUGCACUCGCACUCCAUCUACCUGUGCCGGCACGGAGAGAGCAACCACAAUGUCGAGGGCCGCAUCGGAGGAGACGCAGAACUUUCUCCUCGAGGGAAACAGUUCGCCCACGCCCUGCAAAAUUUCAUCGAGGAGCACAAACUGUCGGAUUUGAAGGUGUGGACGAGCCAGCUGAGGCGAACCAUCCAGACAGCCGAGGAGCUCGGGGUUCCCUACGAACAAUGGAAGAUACUCAACGAGAUUGACGCUGGUGUGUGUGAGGAGAUGACUUACGAGAUGAUCCAGAAGACAUUCCCAGAGGAGUUUGCUUUGAGGGACCAGGACAAGUACCACUACCGCUACCCAGGAGGAGAGUCCUACCAGGACCUCGUUCAGCGUCUGGAGCCCGUCAUCAUGGAGUUAGAGCGACAGGGCAACGUGCUGGUCAUCUGUCACCAGGCCGUGAUGCGCUGCCUGCUCGCUUACUUCCUGGACAAGAGUGCAGAGGAUCUACCGUACAUGAAGUGUCCGCUCCACACAGUCCUCAAGCUCACCCCUGUCGCAUACGGUUGUAAAGUGGAAAUGUUUUAUCUUAACGUGGAGGCAGUAAACACGCACCGAGACCGGCCUCUUGGUAAAAUCCCGAAGGACUCUACUCUCAUACACCGGCGGAAUAGUUACACUCCCUUGUCCAGUCACGACCAGGUCAAGCGUCCCAGGCUCUACAGCGCAGGCAACCAGCCCUGGCUACCGCUCGCCCCCACCCCAUCAGCUCUGAUGCCCGAGGGACGGCAAAGCCAACCUCGGAUAGGAAGCGGCUGUCUGAGUCCCUGUGCGAAGGAAUCGACUUUGACAGCCCCGAAGAAACUAGUGGCUGUGUCCGCUUCUGAGUGAGGACGGACGCGUCUUCCGUUCUUCGUGGCACAAAACACAUUCUGAUGGAAACGAGGGUCAAGUUAAAUGUCGGAUGAAGUCACAUAACAGUCGGUUCAUUUUACAUGUUUUGGUCUGUUUUAACUUUACUCUGCAUGUUGAGGCUGUGAACUGGAAGCCUUAUCGUUAAGCACGUCUGCAUGUGCGCCAAACUCAACCAAAAGAACAAACUGGCAACUAAUCCUCAGUGUAAAUGCUGUGAUGCCUUACUGAACUCUCAGUCUAGCAGUAGAUUUAGCUCUGUAUGCUCCACUGAAUGUAACUACCACAGGUUAUACACUAUGAUUAAUUUACACUAUUACAAAUACAAUAUGACAUCAAGUAGAUGUUCUUAUAAUAUUGUUAUAGUACAAGCCAGCUAACGCUUUUUAUUUUUAUUUUACAAGUCCAGAAACUUCAUGGUAAGAAUGUGGUAAUUACCAAGUAACAUGUUUAAAGUAUCUUCAGAAUUACCACAAUAAUUACCUCAAAAUGUGUUGAAAUGUUGAUAAUAUUCUGUUAUUUUCAUAUAGCAAGUUGUAGCUGGCAAUUUCUUUAAUACAUUUCCAGGAAACUUCUGCUUAAAACUGCUUAACUUCUGCUGAUCAUUUUGAUUUCAGGCCAAUUUCUGUCUAACUUCCCCUGAGAGUUAAAAAAUAAAAAAAUAAGAAGUUCUUCAAUUUACUGACCUGCACAACUUGGGUAGAAACUUGUUGGAAAUUAAGCUGCAGCAACUCACUUCAGUGCAGUGGCCAGCUGAGGGGAAGUUUACAGAAGCCCCCGAAAGGAUUUUUUUUUUUUUUUUCUGGCGAUCCAUUUUUUUCACUUAGUUUCAUAAUUUUUUUUUUUUUUUUUUUUUUUUUUAAAUUUUUUGUCCUCUGAAUGUAUUUUUUUGGACCUCUAGAAAAAAAACUGUGUCUUCACUAGUUAGAAAUUAAGAAGUUAGAUAGAAACUAUUUGGGAAAUUAAAAUGCCAUGAGCAGCAGACGUUAAGCAGCAAGAAGUUACAUAGCAGAAUAUUAUUAUUAAAUUAUGUAAGGGUGAUUUUCACAACAUUUUUUUUCGUAAUUAUUUGGGGGAUUUGGGGGUAGUUUCAAACAAAUUUUAAAUAUGUUACUUGUAAUUACCACCUACUUAUCAUGAAAAUGAUAGAUCUGUAAAAUAAAAUGUUACCCAAACCCAUAUCGUCCGCACAACCAAGCUACAGUUGUUGCUCACAUUAAAAAAAGCCAUCAUCUGUUAUGUCUUAUGUUACUGAUUUGUUUUGGAUUUGAGAGAAUGUGUAAAUCGUUUCUGAAGGGAAUUCAAAUACCGUCUUGAGUUUCUUUCUUCUGUUUUUGAAAUAUUACAUGUUUUAUGUGUUGUUAGAAAAAUACACCACAUUGCUGGACGUACUUGUAAACCAGCAGCAGAUUUAAAAAAUAAAGAUUUUAUUUUCUGUAACAAUCUGCCGUUCACAUGCCUGCUGUAUUAAACUGGUGUAAUCUGUCACAACUAGAACAUCCUGAAUGUUCAUCUUUUAGUCCACUCUUCUUCUUGCCCGUGUGUUCUAGAAAGGGAUAUUGUGCAAAAACAAACAAAAGCAAAACAUGUUGAUACUAUUUGAACUAUUUCUCGAUUUUCCAUGUUCAUGAUGUCAUUCUGGCCCCGCAAAUGUAUCUUAACUGCUGAGACUCUCUCCCACGUCAGCCAUGUUUGACUCGGAAAAUCCUUUGAUCUAAUUUAAUAAGAAACGGUGGCACAGGUUUCUAUGACUAUGUAAUCUUUGACUGUCGGUAUGUUAUUGCCCUGCUCAAAGCAGCCUCUUGUGCCUUUUCAGCAGACAAUAAAGGUGAAUUUUGAAGCGAGAUCAUUUUUGAUGAUGGAGGAGACGCACAAGGAUCUCUCUUGCACAUGACGUCUUUUGAACUGAGUGCUCCAAAUCUGUUACAAGUUAUUUUACUAUGUGAUCUUCAUUGAAUUGUUCCUUGUUUAAUGCAACAUUGUGUCAAACUUAUUAAAGAACUCAAUGGAAAAA